AGACACGUGAAGGCAGCACAGGUCCACCACCCACCGGUGCAGUGAUAUUGAGAGGUCAAUCGUCUUCCAAUUUAAAGCUGAACAGGAAUCCAAGAUGUCUGGAGAGCUGUCCCUCAACAUUAAUAUCAAAGAGCCACGAUGGGACCAGGGAACAUUCAUGGGUCGAGCUCAGCACUUCUUCAAGGUCACGGAUCCCAGGACUGUCCUCCUGUCCUCCGAGACUCUGGAUGAGGCCAGAGUGAUUGUGGAGAACUACAGAUCUGGGAUUGUGACGCCGGGCUUGACGGAGGAUCAGUUGUGGAGGGCCAAGUACGUAUACGACUCUGCCUUCCACCCCGACACCGGGGAGAAGAUGUUCGUGAUUGGCCGGAUGUCUGCUCAGGUGCCCAUGAACAUGUCCAUCACUGGCUGCAUGCUCACCUUCUACAGGACAACUCCGGCUGUGGUGUUCUGGCAGUGGGUUAACCAGUCCUUCAACGCCGUGGUCAACUACACAAACCGCAGUGGAGACGCGCCCAUCACUGUUAAUCAGCUUGGUGCAGCCUAUGUGAGUGCUACUACCGGUGCUGUGGUCACAGCCCUGGGACUCAAGUCUCUGGCCACGCGUCUGCCGCCAAUCGCCAGCCGCUUUGUGCCUUUCGCUGCCGUGGCCGCCGCUAACUGUAUCAACAUUCCUUUCAUGAGACAGAGGGAGUUGAAAUACGGCAUUCCCGUGACAGACGAGAAUGGAAACAGGUUAGGAGAGAGUGUCAGUGCGGCCCAGCAGGCAAUCAUGCAGGUGGUGGUGUCCAGGAUUGGCAUGGCAGUGCCAGCCAUGGCUAUCCCACCCGUCAUAAUGAAUGCUCUGGAAAAGCGAGCUUUCAUGAAGCGCUUCCCAAUUCUAAACGCUCCCGUCCAGGUGGGGCUUGUAGGCCUGUGCCUGGUGUUUGCCACGCCUUUGUGCUGCGCCCUGUUUCCACAAAAGAGCUCUAUGCGCGUGAGCGGCCUGGAGGCGGAGCUUCAGGAAAAGAUACAGCAAAGCAGCCCGGGCACCAGCGUGGUCUACUUCAACAAGGGCCUGUAGGACCAGGACACGCGCACAAGUGUACGGUACGAGCAAUAUGGUUUGUGCUUUUGAAGUUCAUCCCAAGGAGUCAAGCAAUCACAGUAGGCUGGAUGUUCCUAACCUAACUGAUGUAUUUUGUAUAGAGCAAACUGAUUGACCUUGAAUGUACCAUCACACAUUGAUUGACCAUAUUAGUUGUACAGCAUUAUUGAUUUUAGUCAGAUGUCAACCAUUUUCCUCCCUGAUCAACUGCUGCACCUUCUUCCUUUUUUUUUUUUUUUUAAAGUGUACUCACACACCCUUUGUAGUCAAAUAGUUACAAUACCACUUAUCAGCUUCAACUUUUACCUUGCUGUAAUUCGGCACUUUUUUUUUUUUUUUUAAACACAGGCCUACCGUUGUGAUCGUAAUCUACUUAAAAUGUUAAAUAAGUCUGACUUAUACACUGUAACUCUGCACUUGUCCUACGUAAUAAUUACAUGAAUCACAACAACGCAACAUUGUGGGGACCGGAGGACAAAUGUAAGCAAAUUUUAACAUUUGAACAGGAACUUCACGCUAGGUUAGCCAUUUUGCUCACACCUUUGUAUAUUUGAUCCAGGCUGUAUUUUAAGAUGUCUAGCAAAGCCUGCCUUUUUUUUUUUUUUUUACAAAAUUGCAAUUAGUCUGACAUUUGGUGGUCCUAAACAGGCGACAGGGACAGACAUUACUUUUAAAAGCUCAUUAAAAAGUCAAUUUAGCAAAUUAAGGGUACUUAAGUCAAUCGUACCCAAGACACUGCCUUGUUUCAAACCAGUACAACCUACUUAGAACAAAAAGAAAAAUUAGAUUUUUAGACAAAUAUACAUAUACCUAUAAUUUUAAUUAUGUGCGUGACAAUGGUGUGCAACAUGGAUUCUACAUGAAUUGAUGUAACUGAUAGACUGGACAUGUAGCUUUAUUUCAAGAGAUAUGUAAAAGGCGUGAAGUAAGAAACAUGUUUGAGUGUGGUCUUUUUGCUGUGUUGGCUAUUACAGGGUUGUUCUGCUCUUCAGCUAAGCUUUUUAUGUUUAUACGUGUGUCAUACUAUACCGUAAUUUCCGGACUAUAAGCCGCUACUUUUUCCCCUCGUUCUGGUCCCUGCGGCUUAUACAAGGGUGCGGCUUAUUUACGGCCUGUUCUCCGACACCGACGAAGAGGAUUUCGGUGGUUUUAGUACGCAGGAGGAAGACGAUGACACAAUGAUUAAAGACUGACUUUUCAUAUACCGGUAGGCUGGUUAUUUUGAUAACGUACAGGCGAGCACUUUGUAUUACUUUGCACCGUUGUAUUAUUUGUACUCUGCACGAAUGCUGUUUGCCAUGUCAAAGAUGUGAAAGUUUGAUUGAAUGAUUGAAAGAUUUGUUAAUAAAUGGGACGCUUUGCGUUCCCAAACAGUCAUCAAUGUCCCGACAAUUCCCUCCGUGGUAGCAGGAACCCCUAUAUACUACGGUAAUUACACAUCAAAACCCUGCGGCUUAUAGUCGGGUGCGGCUUAUAUAUGGAGCAAUCUGUAUUUUCCCCUAAAUUUAGCUGGUGCGGCUUAUAGUCCGGAAAUUACGGUAUUUGCUUGGAUGUAUUUAGACUAUAUAAAAUGUAUUUUAUGGUAAAGGGGGGGUUGUGCCUCUGAAAGCACCAGCUGGGCCUGAAGAGGAAGUUUCUCGUGUUUAGGGUCUUUUUUCUUUUUUUAUCAACUUGGUUUAUGUAGUCCAGUCUUUAGAUUUCCAAAGUCUGUUUUUCCCACAGCCAUGCAAGCUCAUUGGAAUUAAAACACUGAAGUAUUUUUUUUUUUUUUUUUUUUUUAAAUGGUUUCAUUCCAAAGUGAUAGCAAUUUUAUAUUUUGGAAAUUACUCAUGACACAGCAAUUCAGUGUUUCAUUCUACUACAUGCUCUCUGUUACUUUCAUUCAAUCUAGGUAAUGUAUAUCCUGCUGCAAUGGUAAAAUAUUGAUUGUACUUGCCAAGUGUGCUAGAUUAUGAACAGUUUUUAAAUUUUCCUGAGGGAACUCUCCUGAAGGAAUCAAAGUACUAUAUGUGUGUUACUGCGGGUACAAGAACACACUGGAACAAUCUCAUCUGUUCUGAAAGAGUAAUGAAACUCAGCACUUCAGUUACAUUAAAUGUAUCCAAUAAUGGAAAGUACCAUUUGCUCAGGACUAGAAAGACUUAAGUUUGUCCUUACCUAUGAAGGUUCUCAUUCAUUCAGGGCAUUAAACCAUUCACAACUGGACUGCUUGGUUUGUCUUGGGAGACAUUUCGCCGCUCAUCCUAGUAGGCUUCAUCAGUUCGGACUGGUAGUAUUCGAUUCACAGCGAUCGUUCUGCCACCCAAUACCUCAAUGCUAACGAGGAGAAUUUACAUUGACUGGUUGCUUUGACAGUUAGGAUUGUCCGUUUGCAUUGAGUUUUUUUCUCACUACAUUCGGGCAAAACCAUCCAUGCCCAGACACUCUCCUGGUUUUUGGAUUAUAAAUAUUUGGGGUUUUGGCACCAACCGUUGGACUUGAUCUGACCAAUCUAAGUCUAUGAGCACGAACUGAUUAAGCCUACUCGAAUGAGCGGUGAAACGUCUAAGACAAACCAAGCAGUCCAGUUGCGAACGAUUGAACGCCCAGAGAUGACUUAAGUUUAUUAGCUUAAAUUUGUCUUUAUGCAUAGGUGGUGUUAGUCAAACCUCACGAAUUGUUUAGCAUGAAUAAAAAUAAAAAAGCACAAAUGUUAAGACAAUCCGUACGAUUACACUCCAUGAAUGUUUUCACCUUCAUGUAAACACUGUCAGUAUUGGUGCUGUGUACUCUUCCCGUUUUGUGUUAUGGAUUAAAUAUGACUUGGAAAUCCAAAAA